UUCUUUUGGUACACCAAGCUGGUGUAAGAACUACAAACAUACAUACUAUUAAUACAUUUUGUAAAAAUACAAUUAAUAAUAAAUUUUAUGUUAAAAGAAACAUAUUUUGCUAAUUAUAUGAUGUCAUGUGAAAAAUAGUGAUUUGUUAAUGGAUAAAUAUUUUAAUAUUUACGGCACAUAACGAUUAAUGUCGGAAGUUCUUAUUAACAAUUGAAAAUCACGAUGAUUUACCUUCGUCAUAACCUAAAACAGAGUAUAGAAAUAUUUAAAUCAUGUUAUAAAAGCAAUAUACGUGUAAUUUAAGAAUAUAAAAAUUUACCUCGGGAUUUGAUUCCAACGGUAUCCAAAAAGUCAUGAUAAUUUUUUUAUAUUUAUUAAAAAAAUUAGAAUAACCCGACAGAUAGUGGCGUUAUAGAAUCUACAAUCGAUUUACUACAUGCGCACAUGCAACACUGCACCGGAGUUGUGUAUUUUAAUUUAAAAUUAUUAUUUAAAUGUUCUUCAACAGAAGAUUUCAAAAGAAAAAUUAAUUGAAAUAGAUUCUAUUAAUUUACAAAAAUAUACUUGUUAUAUUCAAAAAUAUUUAUAUACAGAAUAUGAAGGAUUGUUGUAGAUCAUAUGACAACUCGACGAAUUUACCGCAAGCUCAUUCUUUAACACAUCAGAAACAUACAUACUCGUUAAAAUAUUUUUGUUGUUAUGUUCGAAAUAGUUACUGACAAAAUAAUUUAAAACUUAUUUUUACAAUAUUUCAUAUUCAUGUUUCAUUAAAACUUGCUUUUAGUAAGAUAUUCAAUAAACAUUAUUUUUUUUUGUUCCUUCACUUAUAACUGCCGCUUGUCACAAUUUUGUUAGCAUAAAAGGUGAAAAGAAAUCUUAUAUAAUUAAUUCUACCGUAUUGAUGCUUAAUUAAUAAUUUAUUAUUAGUAUUUUAUCUAUAUAAUUUAUAAGAAUAUUAUCUAUAGAGUACACAAUAAAGAAAAUGAUUCUAUGGAUUUAUGUAUUAUUGAUCCAUAUUCUGUGUAUAUUGUAUGGAUCAUCAGAAGAUCAAUAUAUUAUAAUAUCGUCAGACAUAAAAAAUGAUGAAGUACCUGAAUAUCAAAAAAUAGAUGCAAAUAAAUAUAUUCCAACAUGGGAAAGCUUAGAUAGUCGACCACUUCCAAAUUGGUAUGAUAAUGCAAAAAUUGGUAUCUUUAUUCAUUGGGGGGUAUUUAGUGUUCCUAGUUUUGGCUCAGAAUGGUUUUGGAACAAUUGGCGAGAAGAGAAAAAUAAUGCUAAAUAUCAUGAUUUUAUGAAAGAAAGAUAUCCUCCGAACUUUACAUAUCAAGACUUCGCUCGUGAUUUUACUGCUGAAUUUUUCAAUGCUACUCAAUGGAGUGAAAUAUUUCAAGCUUCGGGUGCAAAGUAUAUUGUAUUGACAAGUAAACAUCAUGAAGGUUACACCUUGUGGCCUUCAAAAUAUUCUUUUAGUUGGAAUUCUAUGGAUGUAGGACCACAAAAAGAUCUUAUAGGUGAAUUAGCAACAGCGAUACGAAGUUCAACUAAUUUGAAAUUUGGUCUCUAUCAUUCUAUGUAUGAAUGGUAUAAUCCUCUUUAUUUGUUUGACAAAGGAAAUAACUUUACUACAGAAAUUUUUGUUCAGCAAAAGAUAAUACCUGAAUUACAUGAACUAAUUGAAAAAUAUAAACCGGAAAUUGUAUGGUCAGAUGGUGAUUGGGAUGCAUCCGAUUCUUAUUGGAAAUCAAAAGAAUUUUUGUGUUGGUUAUACAAUGAAAGUCCUGUAAAAGAGACAGUUGUUGUUAAUGAUAGAUGGGGUGCUAACAUACCAUGUCAUCAUGGUGAUUUUUAUACAUGUACGGACCGUUAUAAUCCAGGAGUACUUCAACCUCAUAAAUGGGAAAACUGCAUGACUAUUGAUAAAAAGUCUUGGGGUUUUCGUAGAAACGCUCGUUUAUCAGAAUACCUCACAUUACAAGAAUUGGUGAAAGAAUUAGUAGUUACUGUAAGUUGCGGAGGAAAUUUAUUAAUGAAUGUAGGACCGACAAAAGAUGGUAUUAUUUCCCCAAUUUUUGAAGAAAGACUACGUGGAAUGGGUAAUUGGUUAGCAACAAAUGGAGAAGCUAUUUAUAAUACCAAACCAUGGAAUGUGCAAAAUGAUACUUUAACUACUGACAUUUGGUAUACCCAAAGCAAAGAUGAGAAACAAAUAUAUGUAUUAGUACUUCAUUGGCCAGAGAAUAAUAUAUUGUACUUAGGAUCACUUAAAGUAUCUGUAAACACAUCAAUUUUCUUGCUCGGAUCAGAUCAGCCAAUGAAAUGGAAACAAAAUGGAGAAAAAUUAACUAUAUUCAUGUCAUCGGAAUUUCAUAAAGGACAACCAGCUUGGACAUUAAAAAUAAAACAAAAGUAAAUUAUACUACUUAAUAACUAUAAUGAACAUCUUUAGAAAUUCUAUUUUAUUGAGAACAAUGUUUAUAUAUAAAUGCGUAUAUAAACUUCAACAAGGACAUAUCCAUUACCUCUUAUAAAAAUAUACCUUUAUAACUGUGUGUUUUAUAUAAUGCAGAUACUUAUACAUUUUUGUAAUACAUUAAUAUAAAUUUUAACUUUUUUAUAAACAACUUCAAUUACUGAAGUUGAGCUACUUCAUACAGAUAAGCACCAAGUAAUUUCGUCUGAAAUAAAAGUCAAUUAUUAUAGAAUCUGAAUAAAAUAUUUC